CUCAUCCACACCUAAAGCCCGUUCUGGGCGUCCCCUGAAACGGCUUCCAGAGUGGGAAGAUCCGAAAAUGCCGGCUUGUCGCGAAAACGAGGCAGUCGCCAGCCCGUCACGUGACCAGAAGUGAGUGAGCUUUGACGACGAGCCAACAUAAUAUGUGCAUAUUAUGAUUACAUAUCCUGACAUGACUCACACUGAUCGCCAUUCUCCUGAUAUUUUGUUGUCUUAUUCUUAGGGCUGUCAAAGAUAACGCGUUUCAUUAAUUACGUAAAUUGUUUUAGUGUAAUUACGGCAUGCCCACCAACGCAAUUGUGAUGGAAAUUUCGGUUCAUUUUAUAGAGCCGUUUUUUAAUACACUCACCAAAAAGAGUCGGCUCUUUCGGCUCCUCGGGUUUUUUUUGUUGUUUUAAAUUCAUUUAUUACCAAAUGAUGUGUAUUGUGUCAAAUGAAUUACCAAUGUAAAAAAUACAUGAUAUCAAAUGUUUAUUAUUUAAAUUGGUUUAUUUAAACCUCAAUGAACAGCUACAAAAAUAUAAUCUAAAAACAAAGACCCACCUCAAUAGACAAAUUGAGUCAAAAUAGGUCAAAUCUCUUCAUGCAACCACAGCUUGAGUUCUUACCUACCCCCAUUUCAAAUUUGAAAAUGAUGCUAGAAAAAUUGUACAUGUUUUUCCCAAGUUAGGAUCAGGACGCUGGGUCACACAAACCAACCUGUGUAAAGUACUCCGUUUUGUAGCAUCAUUGCAUCACAGUGCUCUUGUCAUUUAUGCAGUGAGCUUUUAAUGAAGAUAAACCGCGCUUUCAACACAAGAAAUGCAAACGAUAUGUUAUUUUCGUACAUCCUAAUACAUCCACCCUGAGCCGUGUCGUGAAUCCCUGCAGCAACAUCAAUUUAAGCCACAUUUGAUUCCUGCUUUGAGACAAGGUAGCAGUGGGCUUGAAUGAUAAAAAUGCGUUGUCAAGGAAACAGGUUGUUCUGAAGACUGCAAAUAUGUCGCACUGGGAUGCUCCUAUAAAAUAUUUCAACCUGCAGCCUCUCUGGAGCUGAAAUAUCGAAGCUCCUCGUGUCGCUCCUUCCGAGUCAAGCAGGUAAUUGCAGAGGUAAUAUUUGCAUUCAUAAUUCAGGGACGUUCAAUGAGUAGUCUGUCAUCAUCAGAAUUAUUGAAAGCAUUCACUGCAAAUCUCAUUUGCAAAAGCAAAUCAUGGCUUUAGAAAAUCUUGAAGUGGCAGAGUGAUGUAUUGAAAUGAUGAACGGGGAGGGGGAAAAGGGGGGCUACUGCUUGAGAAUAGCGACCCACACUCACACACCCUUUAACAUGGCUCCUGAGGUAACCAUGGAUACCUCUAUUAAUGGAUGGAGUCAUUUUAGCUGGGGUGGGAUGUGAAUGGAGAGAUUUCACUCUCCGCACUGCACAUCAUGCAAUAUCGAGUCUUAAACCGCAACAUCGACGGCGGGCAUCGUGGUAUUCUGUAAGCAACGUUGCCGAGUAAACAGCAGUGCUUGUGGCUUUUGCAUGUCGCACACCAGAGAGCGUAAUCAGUCGGCCUGCAAGAAUUAAUUGAUCAAUCAUGAGCAUCACAGCUGGAACAAAGAAGCAGAAUGCAAGCUCGUUUUCUGUCAAAUUAGAGGUCAUUAUACAACAUUAACACAUAGCACAGUGGAAAGGGGGAUGAAAGAACGGCUGAGUUGACCAUGAAAGAAGUUCCUUUCCUGUUGCCACCACCCCUCUUCCUUUGUUUUUAUUGAUGCUGACAUAACCAGAGAACUGUUUUGGCAAAAACACGCUCGCAAUAAUGAUGAGGUUAACAAUACUACAACAUGAACGGAACCACUUUUCAUAGAAAUGACACGUUUGGGCCGACCAAAGCGGUAUGUUGGGUUGACGUUCAAGCAUGCGCUUUUUACUCAUGGGUGAGCCAACACGUGUGACUAGGACUUGAUGAGUUGGUCGACGCGUUGUCAGCAUAAACGGGGUCGAUUUAAACGGGCUCAGCUGUUGCAACUGCAGUGGCUCCUCGCACAUUUGCCAUUCCGCAUUCGCAGAGCCUGAAAUUCACUGAUUUCUGGUCCAAAAAAGUGAAAAUUAAAAAUGAUAUCUAUAGAGAGUAUUAGGGCCACAUUAAAAAAAAAAAUCUGACAUUUCGAGAAUAAAGUCGUAAAUUUACGAGAAUAAAUUUGUAAAUUGAUGAGGGAAUAAAAGUCUAAAAUUUACAAGAUAGAAAGUGAUAAAUGUACUACUUUAUUCUGGUAAAUUAUGAGAAUAAAGUCGUAAAUUUAGCAAAAGAAAGUUGUAAUAUUAUGAGAAUAAAGUCAUACAUUUAAGAGAAUAAAGUUGUAAAUUCAUGAGAAAAACAAGUCGUAAAUUUACGAGAAAAAAAGUAAUACAUUUACGACUUUAUUCUGUUAAAUAACAAGAAUAAAGUCGUAAAUUUACCAGAAUAAAGUUGUACAUUGAUGAGAAAAAAAAGUCGUAAAUUUACUUCUUUAUUCUGGUAAAUUAUGAAAAUAAAGUCGUAAAUUUACGGCAAAAAAACUGUAAUAUUACGAGAAUAACGCCGUAAUUUUGCUUGAAUAAAGUGGUACAUUUAUGAGAAAAAAGUUUGAAAUUUACAAGAACAAAAGUCAUAAAUUUACAACUUUAUUUUGGUAAAUUACAAGAAUAAAGUCGUUAAUUUACCAGAAUAAAGUUGUAACUUUGAGGAAAAAAAAUUGGAAAUUUACAAGAAUGAAAGUCACAAAUUUACUACUCUAUUCUGGUAAAUUACCAAAAAUAAAGUCGUAAAUGUACGCAAAAAAAAAAGCUGUAAUAGUACGAGAAUAAAGUCGUAAAUUUACGAGGAAAAAAAAUAAUACAUUUCCGACUUUAUUCUGGUAAAUUACGAGAAUAAAUUAGUAAAUAUUACGUCAUAAUAUUACAUGUCAUACGUGUCAGUGUCAGAGGGAAAAUAGAGCACAUCUUUUAUUUAUAACGUGGCAGCAAAACAGAGCAGUUGAGCACAAACAGAUUAUUAGCAUGUCUAGUCCACGUUAUAAAUGAACGCUUGCCUGAAGCUAAGUUGGUAACAAGUUAUAAACACAUGAUAAUACAGGUCAAAUGCACAGCACACAUGUACCACAGUUUUAAAAAAUGCCGAUACGACGAUGGUAUCGAUAAUGUCGAUAUUUGUAUCGACCCGCCCAUCCCUGGCAUACGACACAGCAAUUGCAACACAACUGGGUGUGUCGUACUAGACCUGCAGUCAUAAAUGUCUUGAACAACUUCCUGGCUGAAACAAACACCGCACACACUUUCAGCCGCACGAUGUCUGCCUCAGAGUGGAAGAAGAGGUGUGAAGAUGAGUGGGGUUUGGGUGGCACGGCGAUGCCUGACCGCCUGGAUUGGAAGUCUGCGUAUGAAGCUAAACCAUUCGGGAGAAAUCUGCUGAAGAAUCCUGCACCUCACGGCUUGAGUAAAGAUACCCCUCCACCCGAACCUGAGAUGCCUGAUUCUCCCAGCCAUGGUCCUCCACGUUUUCAACCGGAAGGUGACUUCAGUGGCUGGACCACAAACACAGAAGUUCUCCCCUAUGACACCAGUAGCAUCCCAGAAGGGGCUGUGAUCUGUGCCUUGCCUCAGUACAGCUGGUUUUCCCUGAAGCAGACUGUGGACCUGAAGGCAGAGGGGCUGUGGGAAGAGCUGCUGGAUGAUUUCCAACCAGAAAUAGUGAUCCAAGACUGGUAUGAGGAGAGUCAGCUGCAUCAGUCAAUCUUCCAACUGCAUGUGAAGUUAUUAGGUACAGAUAAAAGCAGUGUGAUCUCGGAGCACUCAGUCAACCCCACUGAGGACCUCAGCACCUAUUCGCACACAUGGAAGCAGGUGUCACAUGUGUUCUCUGGCUAUGGACCCGGAGUGAGGUACAUUCACUUCUUGCACAAACUGAAGAACCAAUUCAUGAUGUCCUUCUACCCCACAAUGUUCACUGGCAGUUCGGUUAUGGUCAGACCAAUCAAGACCAGCUCAUAAAUUGAAUGCCACUGCCACCUGUGGUGAAGAGUCUUAACACAAAUUGUCAUUAUAAGAUACAUUUUUCAUAAUGGAACUUUUUAAUGCCGAUGGAAUUGACGGGGGUGGGGGUGUAAUGUUAAUUUAGACAUUAAAGGGUGUUUGUUAACGUAUCUGUCUAUAUUUUUUAGGAAAUAUUGAUCCUAGCUCAGUCUUUUAGGCAGGUGUGUCCAAAAUCUGACCUGGAGACCAUUUGCAGCCUGCAGUUCUUUUUUUAAAAUUAUUUUUUAUUGCUUCACAUUUGAAACACACAAAAUUAAACAUGUCUUCAUAUCGACACCUAUAACGUAAAGCAUAUGUGUUUCCACACCCCUGCUGUAAAGGCUUGUAAUGGGGGCAGGUGAUAUUGCAAAUUCUGGGAGCCAUUUGAUACCAAGUAUUACUGAUAUCAAUAUUUCAAGCAAAGACCUUUGACUGAUGUUGAUGUUGAAGAUUUGUCUCAAAAUGAACAAUUGGUGUGAACAUGAGUGUGAAUGGUUAUUUGCGUUGUGCCCGGUCGAGGGUGCACACCGCCUAUCGCCCAAGGUCAACUGGGAUAGACUCCAGCUCACCUGUGACCCUGAACAGGAUUAGUUGUAGAAAAUGAAUGAAUGAAUGCCUCAACAAACAAACAAACCCUUAUGACUGAUCUACAAAUGCAGCCCUGUAAGUGGAAUUACAGUGGAUUGCCAGAUGCAUUAAAAAUAUGUUCAUGUUCAGGUUUAAAACUGUUUUAUACUGUCUGAAUAAAAAUGACUUUAAAUGUCAAGAUUGUCUUGAUAU